UCUAAUAAGUUGUCGUAAUUUUGCUAAACACGAUGUCAAUUUCUUCUUUAAUUGACCACACUGUUGGUCAAACAGCUGUACAGCGCCCUACGGUCGGUCGCGUAUAAGCGACAGUGGCUACAACCCAUUGGAGAAGUUAUAUUACUACGUUUGAUAUGGAGGAGCAGUUGGACGGGGCGCAGAUGGCCGAGGCACAACUGGAAAAGGACCACAUAGCGGCCCAACUAGCUGAAGCACAAGUGGACGAUGACCACAUAGCAACACAACUAGCAGAGGCACAAGUGGACGAUGAACACGUAGCAACACAACUAGCUGAGGCACAAGUGGACGAUGAACACGUAGCAACACAACUAGCUGAGGCACAAGUGGACGAUGAACACGUAGCAACACAACUAGCUGAGGCACAAGUGGACGAUGAACACGUAGCAACACAAGUGGACGAUGACCACAUGGCAACACAACUAGCUGAAGCACAAGUGGACGAUGACCACAUGGCAACACAACUAGCUGAGGCACAAGUGGACGAUGAACACGUAGCAACACAACUAGCUGAGGCACAAGUGGACGAUGAACACGUAGCAACACAACUAGCUGAGGCACAAGUGGACGAUGAACACGUAGCAACACAAGUGGACGAUGACCACAUGGCAACACAACUAGCUGAAGCACAAGUGGACGAUGACCACAUAGCAACACAACUAGCUGAGGCACAAGUGGACGAUGAACACGUAGCAACACAAGUGGACGAUGACCACAUGGCAACACAACUAGCUGAAGCACAAGUGGACGAUGACCACAUAGCAACACAACUAGCAGAGGCACAAGUGGACGAUGAACACGUAGCAACACAAGUGGACGAUGACCACAUGGCAACACAACUAGCUGAAGCACAAGUGGACGAUGACCACAUAGCAACACAACUAGCAGAGGCACAAGUGGACGAUGAACACGUAGCAACACAAGUGGACGAUGACCACAUGGCAACACAACUAGCUGAGGCACAAGUGGACGAUGAACACGUAGCAACACAACUAGCUGAGGCACAAGUGGACGAUGAACACGUAGCAACACAACUAGCUGAGGCACAAGUGGACGAUGACCACAUAGCAACACAACUAGCAGAGGCACAAGUGGACGAUGAACACGUAGCAACACAAGUGGACGAUGACCACAUGGCAACACAACUAGCAGAGGCACAAGUGGACGAUGAACACGUAGCAACACAACUAGCAGAGGCACAAGUGGACGAUGAACACGUAGCAACACAAGUGGACGAUGACCACAUGGCAACACAACUAGCUGAAGCACAAGUGGACGAUGACCACAUAGCAACACAACUAGCUGAGGCACAAGUGGACGAUGAACACGUAGCAACACAAGUGGACGAUGACCACAUGGCAACACAACUAGCUGAAGCACAAGUGGACGAUGACCACAUAGCAACACAACUAGCAGAGGCACAAGUGGACGAUGAACACGUAGCAACACAAGUGGACGAUGACCACAUGGCAACACAACUAGCUGAAGCACAAGUGGACGAUGACCACAUAGCAACACAACUAGCAGAGGCACAAGUGGACGAUGAACACGUAGCAACACAAGUGGACGAUGACCACAUGGCAACACAACUAGCUGAGGCACAAGUGGACGAUGAACACGUAGCAACACAACUAGCUGAGGCACAAGUGGACGAUGACCACAUGGCAACACAACUAGCAGAGGCACAAGUGGACGAUGAACACGUAGCAACACAAGUGGACGAUGACCACAUGGCAACACAACUAGCUGAAGCACAAGUGGACGAUGACCACAUAGCAACACAACUAGCAGAGGCACAAGUGGACGAUGAACACGUAGCAACACAAGUGGACGAUGACCACAUGGCAACACAACUAGCUGAGGCACAAGUGGACGAUGAACACGUAGCAACACAACUAGCUGAGGCACAAGUGGACGAUGACCACAUAGCAACACAACUAGCAGAGGCACAAGUGGACGAUGAACACGUAGCAACACAACUAGCUGAGGCACAAGUGGACGAUGACCACAUAGCAACACAACUAGCAGAGGCACAAGUGGACGAUGAACACGUAGCAACACAAGUGGACGAUGACCACAUGGCAACACAACUAGCUGAGGCACAAGUGGACGAUGAACACGUAGCAACACAACUAGCUGAGGCACAAGUGGACGAUGAACACGCAGAGGCACAAGUGGACGAUGACCACAUGGCAACACAACUAGCUGAGGCACAAGUGGACGAUGAACACGUAGCAACACUACUAGCAGAGGCACAAGUGGACGAUGAACACGUAGCAACACAAGUGGACGAUGACCACAUGGCAACACAACUAGCAGAGGCACAAGUGGACGAUGAACACGUAGCAACACAACUAGCAGAGGCACAAGUGGACGAUGAACACGUAGCAACACAAGUGGACGAUGACCACAUGGCAACACAACUAGCUGAGGCACAAGUGGACGAUGAACACGUAGCAACACAAGUGGACGAUGACCACAUGGCAACACAACUAGCUGAGGCACAAGUGGACGAUGAACACGUAGCAACACAACUAGCUGAGGCACAAGUGGACGAUGACCACAUAGCAACACAACUAGCUGAGGCACAAGUGGACGAUGAACACGUAGCAACACAAGUGGACGAUGACCACAUGGCAACACAACUAGCUGAGGCACAAGUGGACGAUGACCACAUGGCAACACAACUAGCUGAGGCACAAGUGGACGAUGAACACGUAGCAACACAAGUGGACGAUGACCACAUGGCAACACAACUAGCCGAGGCACAAGUGGACGAUGACCACAUAGCAACACUACUAGCCGAGGCACAAGUGGACGAUGAACACGUAGCAACACAAGUGGACGAUGACCACAUAGCAACACUAUUAGCUGAGGCACAAGUGGACGAUGCACACAGCAACACUACUAGCUGAAGCACAAGUGGACGAUGAACACACAGCAACACUACUAGCCGAGGCACAAGUGGACGAUGAACACAUAGCAACACAAGUGGCCGAUGAACACACAGCAACACUACUAGCCGAGGCACAAGUGGACGAUGAACACAUAGCAACACAACAAGCCGAGGCACAAGAUGUGGCCUGGACUAUACUGGACGAUGUAUGACUGGGAACAUAUACGGCCAAAAAAUCUAAAAUGAAAACAAUAAUGAGCCAGAGACAAGUCUUUAAGGGCUCAACUAUGUCUUUCAAGGUCAAGUUGACCUUUUAUAAAACAUCCACUGUAGCCCCCCCCCAUCAUCCUGUUCAACUGUCUCAAGUAUUAACUUGUUCAACUCUUCAGAUUAUUAAAGUCUUUGAUUUCUGAGCAUAAAUAUGCUUAGACCUAACUUCGAUGUUCAUUGAAUAAACGCCACCUCUUAUUAAACUAAGAAUGGAAUUAGAUUUUUCUGAAUUAACAUUUGGUGUGUAAAAGAUUUUGUGCAGUUUUGCGUAUUGUUCAAAAUUGAUCAGUGGAGGCAGAGGAUGACAUUUUGUGACCAACUUGAAUGUAAUCUCAGUUUGGGAGUAUUAUCCCUGAGCUCUACGACCGACCAGUAACGUAGUCACUACUUCUUGCAGAAUAUAUAUUGGCAAUUAUUAAAAAUUGCAUCCUUGUAAAUUGGUCAUUAAUUAAUAAAUGUUUAUUAUGUUAAUAUAUAUCUAACCAAUAUA